AUUUUCAUCGCGACUUUUUCAUUUCGCUAGAUAUGCAACUUUGUUAUCGCGAGGAAAACAAUUAUUGUUUUCUCUUUAGAUAUUCCCAUUCAUUCCUGCAAAAAUCUUAAUAAAUAAUAACAUUGUGAAAGAACUACUUGUUCGGUGAAAUAAAUAAAUAAUGCCAAAAUAUUAUUGUGACUAUUGUGAUACCUAUUUGACUCACGAUUCACCAUCCGUACGAAAAACACAUUGCACUGGACGCAAGCAUAGAGACAACGUGAAAUUCUACUAUCAAAAAUGGAUGGAGGAACAGGCGCAACAUUUGAUUGAUGCCACCACCGCUGCUUUUAAAGCUGGUAAGAUUACACAGAAUCCAGGCGUCGCAAUACCACCACCAAAUAUGGCGCCACCGCCACGUCCUGGCCUCAUGCCGGGCGCUCCAGGCAUGCCACCAAUGAUGAUGGGUCCUCACGGGGCUAUGCCACCGCCAAUGAUGGGUAUGCGACCACCACCAAUAAUGGGACCAAUGGGUCCAAUGAUGGGACCUCCACCACCAUUAGGUGCUUUAGGCGUGCGGCCGCCGAUGAUGAACGGACCUCCUCCCAAUAAAUAACCAAAAUGAUUCAGAUAUCCCGCCGUUUUAUAAUAGCAGUAAUAUUAUUUGAAAAAAUGAUGAAUAAAUCAAGCAGUAAUAAUUA